GACAACCACCUGUACCUCUCGGCGUCAGCGCGGGACAACCAACCCCACGGCGUACACCCUUCAGGCGAGGGCCUGCGCUCGCGGCUCGCCGUGCCGGCGUCGGCGGCCUCGGCCUUGGCCGCCAGGCCGGGCCUCUCGCCAGACCACGCCGCUGCGCCAGCCCCACGCCGAGCGCAGGGGCGGCCAGGAACACCUCCAGCGGCGCGCAGACGCCACUGGCUGAGCUGGUGCGCCACCACAGCCUCCCUGAGGUAGACCUUGAACACGAUCACCGCGCCGACCAAGAUGUCACGACAUUGGCCAUCGUGAACAUACCAUAUACAUACCCACAGUCUAUGUUGCAGAGGGACAUCAACGAGGAGGGUCUCGCGUACGACUACUUCCAUGUCCCCCACGACAAUCGCCUGACGAGGAACCGUGGCUUUGCGUUCAUAAACUUCCUAACGCCAGAAGCUGCGGCCACUUUUAUGCGGUCCUUCAACGACCGCGAACUCUCCUCCCCAGCAUCCGAGAGCAAGGUGGUCACAGUCUUGCCCUCCAGGCUGCAGGGAUUCGAAGCUAACGCGAGCAUCCAUCCAGAGGGCGUGGUUCAGAAUCCGCAGCUGCAGCUUCAGAGGCACCAUCAGCGGCACCAUCAGCAGCUUCAGCAGCAACAGCAGCAGACCAUUGCCAGCGUAAGCGGCAGCAGUCGAGGCCGCCAUGCGGCCGUGCCCGCCGUCAUUGGUCACAGCGCCGGAUCAAGCAGCUCUUCGAGCGACGUUCCUGUGUUUGUUCGGCUAUCUUUUUGA